AGAGGUUUGUUGUGAUUCGAUUUGAAGGCGGCCAUGGCAGAUGCACGAGCGGCGAAAUUUCGCCGACCUGGCUACACCAGAUUCGAUCGGCCAAAUUUUCGGAGAGCCCUUGUUUAUAAAAGGCAGACCUCUCUCUUCUGUCGGCCAGUUGUUUGUUUCCUCAUCAUCUUUCUAAUCACCGUUCUCAAUGAUCUCAUUGAUUUCAUUACUUUCCUGUUUUCAUCGUUGUUUGGUUCACUACCCUACCAUCAAUGCCCCUCCAAUCUCACGAUACCUCCCUUAUAUCUUACCAUUACCAUCCUCCACGUUUCUGCACACCUAAUCCUGCACCGUUCUACUACCCUCCCCUACGAAUCUCUCUAACUCUCUACAACUCCCACACCCGAUCCUGCACCGUUCUACUACCCUUCUCUACACCUCUCUAUCUUUUCUCUUGCCAUCACGACCCCUUCAUUACCUUUCUCCAUCACCCUUCCACCUCACGACAACUCCCUAUGGAUCAAGAUCCGGCGUACAUCCUUGUCUGUUACCAUCACUAUCAAACACAUCUCGACAACCCCGAUCCCGUCCCUCUCGACUGUCCUGAUUCCACAUAUUUCCUACAACCCACGCUCCCAGAAAGUAUGGCCACCACUGUCGCUCUGGCCCACAAACGGCCCUCCGGUCAUCCUUCGGCCAGCUCCAACCGCAAGACGACUACGCCCUACUCCACGAAUCCGGCCCUGGAGGCCGUUACCGACUAGCUCCCCCAUUGAAGUUGGCCAUCCUCGCCCUACUCGUCGGCAAUUUGGCGGUCGAGGUUUCGUUCUAUCUGAACGUUCUCAGUCUCCUAGGCCUACUU